GGACAUAGCAACAUGUGGAACCUCAGGAAAAGCAAUGAAGAUAGUGUUAUUCUUCUGCACUAGCCUUCAAUAGACUCGCCAGUCACGGUUGCUUUCUUUACGUCAAGAAUACUCGUCAAUGUAGUUUCAAAUUACAAUAUCUCUUCCUAAAUAACACCUACGUUCUUAGCUGAAGCUUCUAGAGGAUGGUUCAUGGUCCAUUAACAACGAUAGACUGGAAAGACGAAGCUGUCGAAGUGACGACAAACAUCCAGUUGCAUGUUUACGGCAUUUCUACCUCGAAGUAACGUUGUUAAAUGCUCCUAUGUAGCCUAUCCACCAAUAGUGUCGCAACGUGAAUCUUCAUGAUCUGUCAACGACACCAUUACGAUCAUUUCAUGGUCAAGACCUUACAACCAAACGCAAUGAAUUCGUUUGUGCUGCAAACAUUCGUCAAUUUCUUCCGUGAAGAGCAUUUACAUUGUAAGCAUCAUGCACUUCGGCAUCUUGAAAGCCUUCGUCAUUGUGACGUUCGUCGCAUGCACUUUCACGUCCAUUGGUGCCAACGACGUUGAAUCGAAUGAUAUCAAGACUCGUCCAAGUCGCCGUUUGCA